GAGGUUAGGAAUAUAAGAUCAAAUAAACUCGUAAAUAAAAUGUGUACUACGAUGUUUUUUUUUGUUUUUUUUGCUCUUCUCAUUCAAAUGAAAAAAAGUACGUGUAAAAAAAAGGAAAACGAGCAAAAACCUUCCUAUGAGAUUCAAAUCCGGGUCUCUGAAAACAAAUGGACAUUAAAUUGGCUACUCAUGUUGACCACCGUGACACUUUAGAUUUAAGGAAAUUUUGUGCAACACUACCUUUAAGUUUGGACGUUUUGUGAAUUACUACCUUAUAAAAAAGUUUUUUAAUUUUGCUACCUUAUAAGUUUGUUUAGUUUGAGUAACACUACCUUGUAACAGUUUCUGUCAAAUUCCUCCGUUUGUGGGCCCCACCUCCAACGGCUAUAUUCAACUGCUUAACUCCCUUUCCCCCUUAUUUAAACUUCCUGUAAAGUUUUAUCAACCACAUUCAACCAAUUUUUCGGAAAAAAAUCAAGAAAUCUGGGUAAUUUUUUUCUCAAAGCAAGAUUCGCAAUUUGGUUGAGGAAUCGAGUAACCUAAAGGAUGUCGAGUGGGUCUCCUUGUGCUUCAAAAAAAUGUUAUUGUGGCAUUCCAUCCAAGAUGUUGACAUCGUGGACAACUGAUAACCCGGGGAGAAAAUUCCUGACUUGUAAGUUCUCUGAUGUACACACUGGUAGGAAAGGAUGUGGUUGGUUUUAUUGGGUUGAUCCUGAUGUUGUGGAGUGGCAAAGAGUCGUGACGAAUGAACUGGUGGUGGAGAAGAGAUUGCUGAAAACAGAGUUGAGGGUCAUGAUGACAGAAUUGCAGAAGUUGGAGGAUGACAAAGCCCUUCUUGUUGCUGCCAAUGAGAGGCUUGAAAGGAUAUGCAAUGGUGGAGUGGCUGGAAUGAAGGGGACAAAGGAUAAGGGCCAAGAAAUUGCCCAUUCUGUAUUUUGGUUUGUUGUAGGAUUAGUUGUUUGUUGUGUGUUGAAGUUUGUAAUGAAGUUCCUCUAGUGUAAACGCGACAAUGGAACGGGAAAUUGGAUUUCAUGUAAUGUAAUGUAAUGUUGUUGACAUUAGUUGACUCUAAUCAUUUAAUAAUGGUAAUUCUAGCUUAUGACAA